CAGCCCCUAAGCAGCUGUUGCUGUGCACAAAGUGUUUACACGCAAUUGAUUAAAAUUGGAUUCUAGAAUAAUUCAAGUUAACUUUAUGUUUUAAUACACUGCAUUGUCUACCAUGAGCGAGAAUUUAGAGCUGAAAUACAUAAAAGUAGAGCAUAUAAAAGAGGAGGACGUAAGUGCCGAAUGGCAUCCCGCCGAGGCGCUGCUGGCCAAAACUGUAGGAAAGAAGGAAAUCAAAACAGAGGACAACUAUGCUGAAAUGGACAUAGGACCUAUCCAGGUAGAGCUGGACAGGCCCACAAAAUGGCAGAGUCGAGCCAGUGUAAAGCAGCGGCAGAAGCAGAAAGGAGCGCCCGGAAUGAAGAGUAAUAGCGGUGGCAAGCAAAGCAAUCAGUGCCCCUACUGCCCGCGCCACUUCGAGAUGCGCUACGAACUCCAGAUACAUCUGCGCAUCCAUACGGACAAUCUGCCGUACAAGUGCCAACAGUGUCCGAUUAGCUUUGCCCACAUCGCGAACUACAGAGCGCAUAUGCGUGGCCACAAGGACAGGUGCCCGUACAAGUAUCCACAUUGCCCGAAUGCCUACGAUCAGUAUACACACUAUCUGCUCCAUAUGCGCACGCACGCCGUGUCGCUCCAGUGUCCACAUUGUCCGCGAGUCUUCUUCAAGCAUUGCAGCUUCAUGCGGCAUUUCAAUGCGCACAACAGCAACAUACGCGAAUUGUUGCGCUACAAGUGCAGCCACUGUCCGGAAACCUUUGCCCAGCUGUCGAGGUGCAAGGCGCAUAUGAGGAGACACGACAUGCCGGCCAGCUAAUGUGUACCAAGUGCAAUGAAUUGCGUCGGAGCGAUGUCCGAUGGAAAGAACCAACCCGGGGCAAGCUGCGUCUGCUCAAACUUUGGAGCCUGGCGAGAAAUGCAAAAGGGUCUUUGAAUCUUAAAUCUCAAGCGUCAUCUUUUAAUACAUAAUCUUAGGAAUCAUAUACAAAAGUUUUAACGCAACAUCUUAUACAAUAGUAAUUAGUUUUAAGUGAAUUUGUUAGUUAAUAAAAAAGCCUGAAUGUACAGUGGAAGCUGUUUUGAGCAGCAUUUUUCCAAUUAA